UCUAUAGAGAGACACUACAGAGCACCGGGCACAUUCUGUGAGACAAAGACACACAAGAGACAACCAUAUACAUCGCUCAGCAGAUGUACUGAUUCUUCGGCAGCGCGAAAAGAAUCCCACAACUGUGAAGAAGAGAUGUCUACUUUAGGUUACGAUUACGACAUUACCGCCAAUGUGCAAAAUACAGAUGUCAUCAAUCAUGACGUCAUAUUUGGACUUGGCGUCACGCUAGGAAUUCUGACGUCAUUCCUGCUGAUGUCUUGUCCGGUGAUCUUGAGGCGACAAAAAUCACUGCCUUUCUUUGUUAUGCUGACAAGUUGGUGUUUAGCAAAUUUGCUAUACCUUGUCGUGUUUGCCGUCUCAUAUUUUUCCAUGUCCGGCAAAAACGCAUCGGCACUGGGUGAGUUCGGUUGUCGAGCUUUACGCUACCUGCACAAAUCGCUGGCCUUCACCCGGGUCUAUCUGAUGGUACUCGCCUCUAUCAUGACGUUUCUCGGCAAUCAGCGUUUUCAUCGUCUGUUUGGAUCAAGCGUAAGGGUCAAGGUUUUGAUACCAGUCGUAGCCGGCACUUUUGUCUGGAUCAUGGUAUUUCUGCCUUGUAUUCAGUACUGGUAUCAACCCAGGUUCGUCUCUGUUGGUUUCAGGCUGAUUGCCUAUUGGUGUCUUGUGGACAAUACGCUGGCGCGCAAGGUUUUAGAACUCUUUACGCAGUGCGUGCUGCCCUAUAUUCUUACAGCGGUCUUUGUAUUGGCCUGGGGCUGCCGGCAACAAAAAAUUAAGAUAACCGACAAGAAAGAAAACGUUCAAACUAUCCUCUUGCUCAUUAUGAUGCUCUCAUCUGCAAUCACUGAAUUCAUCGUGCUCGGAGUUAUUUCCAUUGGCUUAACUGGCGUUGUGGGUGCUACGACGGCUGCGCGUUACUUUGAGUUGUGCGAUUAUACACUUUCUCCUUUGUUUUGCUUGAUUGCCAUCAUCUUCUAUCGAAGACAGUUGCUAAGCCGCGAGGACCCGAUUCCCACCGAAGAGUCAGCGGACGAUGUGGCAGUUGCCGAAAUGUAAACUGACGCUAGGACUGGUUGAAAGAUUGGGAUUUGUUUCUGCGAAUGUAUGGAACAUGACACAAAGACAAUAUUGAUGACAAGAACUUUGCGCCUCUGUGGCUCGACUCUAGGCUUUAUUAUUAGAUAUAGUCUGCUCACAGGGACACUACAGCUCUUUGGUUAACUCGGAUCAUGGAGAUAGAAUACCUCUAUGCUCGGACCAAGCAUAUCAUUUGUCGCUCGAAGUCCAGUUUUCUCCCACCUUUAACCGUAACAAAUCCCACACGCUUGUUGUCCUGAUGUACGUAUCUCAUUUCGACUCUACCGCAAGCAACAGUUCGUAACUGUCCUCAGUGCCGAGAAUCAAACCAAAACAUUUACUACCGCCAUAGGGAAUGUGUCCGCCGUCACCAUAGCAACAAGUAACUCCCUUGUACAAUGAAAGGACCAUUCUGGGAUCGUAAUUUUCUUACGGCGGAGGAUGAAAAUGUAGAACUGGCGUUAAUAGCUAUAGGUUCGAUUCUCCAUACGGAUGGCAGUCACGACCGUGUAGUUGUUGCUGAGUUAAGUCGGGAUGCACAUCAAGGUUAACUGUGUGUGAGAUUUGUCAUAGUUACGUUAGAGGCUAUGGCAAACUAUGCUAUGGAGCGAAAAAGUAUGCUUGUCUAAGCAGUGUCCCUGUGGGCUAAUAGUGAUAUAGACAGUCGAGCCACAGAGCCGCGCAGGUCUAAUUGAGGACGUUAUUCAAGAGGAACGUAGAGUUAAAUUAAUAUCUUAGCAUCACCCAAUUUAUUGCAGCCUCAUACUCCAUGGUUAAGUACAAGCGGUUUUGACGCAGUUGAUGCCAUAGGAUGUAGGUCUAUUGUUGACAGCUGGAAAACUACUUUUCAGAAAGUAUAUAUGACUUUCCAUAAUGUUUCUUGUUGUUUUGCAUGUGUUUUUAUGCAGUAUGUAAAUUUCCUACCUUUGUAAAUGGAUAAGAUAUGUAUGUACCUACCAGAGGCACCGAAGUAUGCAUAAGUCUACACAUAUACACAUGGUUAUUCAAACAUUUUACCCACUUCUGGCGGAUGCAUGUCACACCCACCAUGGAACUGCGUACAUGGUUGUUGUGUAAAAUCUUGAUGUUUUAUUAUAAACGCUUGUAAUAAAGUUUCCAUUUGGUUCUUAAAUAUACACAUGUACAUAUACAUAAUUGUCUUUGAAUUAUCCAUGUAAUAUUAACAACUACAUGAGGUAUAUUACACUCAACUAUUCCUA